ACUCGCUAAUACACGCUGAGUAUCGUUUGGAAAUGGCGUCGGCAAUGUUUGGGUGGGAUUGGAAUUACAAACUUGUUGAAAACGAUAUUACAAAGAAGGAAGAUGUUUUAGUUGCUCUGAUCCAUUGGUAUUUUAUAAAGUUUGGUUUUAAAUGCAUUGGGUUAGGUGACAGCAAAACAUUGACACCCUCCGAUGUUGGGAGAGAAACACUCCCCGACUGUUGGAGUGCAAAGGAAACUUACGCCUUGCGAUAUGUACACAAUAAAGACCUGUAUAUUUUAAAGGGAACGAAAACUGAAGGGGACAUUGUGUUUAACUUAGUGCGUGUCUCGGAUUUGUCCGUUUCACUAAUCCAUUUCAAUGUAGAAGAUACGGUAAAAAACUUAAAGGGUGAUAUUGAAACAUUGGUACCAAAAUAUAGAGAUAUUAUUACAACCAUUCAGAAAGAUCUACUGGACCCUGUAGUGACUGGUACUAACAAAGAGGCCACAACACAGACGUCCCAGCCAGAGACUAGGGUUCAACCACCUCCUAACCCUUUGAACCCACCCACCAGAGAUGAAUAUGAUGAUCCAUUACGGAUUGGCCAGCCAAGGCGAGGCAUAGGAGUUGGAUUUGAUCCUGAUUGGGAUCCAAUUCGUGAUCCAUUGAGUGUGGGCCGAUCCGAUUUGGAUCCUUUUAGUCGUGGAGGUGGGAUGGUGUUCAAUCCCUUCGGGAGACCAGGAGGGAUCCGGAAUCCAGGAGCAGGCAUUCCAGGUGGUUUGCCAAGAGGUAGUGUGCCUCCAGGAGCACGAUUUGAUCCGUUUGGACCACCAGAUAUUGAUCCAGGACGAGGACGAGGUCCUGCACGAGGGAUUCCUGACCCAGACCACUUGCCCCCUCCAGGCUAUGAUGACAUGUUCAUGUGAAUUCAUUCAGAUGCUUAAUGGUUGAGCAGUUAAUGUAAACUGUUUGAAUUGUUAUGACUGCUUUGUGUAUACUGUUCUGUAAUACAUAUAAUAAACACAUUUGCAUAUGGAUUA